GCCUCUCACGGCAGCAUGGGCUUCAGAGACGCUCCAUCUCCUCUCCUUAUCCCCUCUCCUCAUCUCCUCUCCUGGCCGAGCCACUCUGCAGAGGCAUCUCCCGACGACUUCUUCAAAGGCGGUUUAGAGCCCACCUUGGUGCUCUGUCCUCCUGCCACCGCUCUGCCAGGAUGAGGUCCUCCCUGCACGCCGUCAUCUGCUGCUGCGUCUUCUCCUCCUUCCUCGCUCUGGAGAGGAACACGGACACAGUUGCCGCCGGCGCCACUCUGAAACGGAGGUUGGCAGUAUGGCUGCAGGGCCGCGUGAAGAGGGAGCUGUGCCACAGCUGUGCGAGGGCCAGCGAAGCCGCCCCCCCGUCUCAUUCUGAGGCUAGGCCCGAGGAGGGCCCAAAGGCCCUCGCACUUCAGCAGAGUUUGACUGACAGAUCUUCAAGGUCAUCAGCGAACAAAAACUCUGGAUGUUAUCUGAUAACGUGCACGGUGCACGACCUCAUUUUCCGGGUCCACCAGUUCAACGACAAGACGAUCGACCCCACUGCCCCCGGUGAUAAGAUCAGGCCCCAUGGCUAUGGACGUCGCCGGCGGUCCCUGAAGGACGGACCCCUUAGUGGAGCUCCGGGACGCACGGUUGUCCGUUCAUCGUCAUAGGGAAGACUUCCGUCGGGUAGGUUACUAACAGACUUGCGGCUGAUUAAGGAAGGUUCACGCAGCGGUUUGUACCCGAAAUAUAUCAGCCGAUGUGAAACCAAUAAGAAGAGCUUGGGGAUCACGUCGAUGAACCUUUUUCCGCACUGGAAGGCGAUCUUUUGCACCAACACAGUCUCACA